AUGAACAGCACAACAACCAGACCGAAAACACCAAGACCAGCCAGUCCAGCCAUCCGCGAACUCUGGAUGCAACAAAUCGGGCAAAGUCUCUCCGCGAACAGCCCAACCAAGCGAACAAAAGCGAUUGAACUCGACGAAAGCUGCCCAGAAGCCAGACAUCGGUUUCUCACGGCCUACAAGCGCAAGAAGAUAAGGGAGGAGAGCGGGCUGCGCUACGGAGAGCAUUCUCCUGACGAUAUCACGCCACGUAUUGGGGGAUCGCUGUACGAAGAUGCUAAGCUAUACAGAAUGGGCCUGAGGCAAGAUGUUGAGAUAUAUGAGGAGCUGUAUGGGAUAUCGCCUUUUAAUGUGCCGAAGAUGCAUUCGGAAACGCGGGCUUUGCUUAAUGACCAUGCGACAGUGUUGGCUUCAAGUGACUAUACGUUUACGGCCAGGUUCCAACAAGCUUUUGAGGAGUUUGUGGCUGCUCUGAAGAUGGCUAGGUUUCCGCUGUAUGAAUACUUUCGGUGGAACCUUAAUGACGAUAUUGAAGAUGAGUAUCCAGUGCUCAUGAAACUCAGGUCACGGCAUUGGGCUUUGGAAAGAGCCUUUGCGAACGAGGUCAGAUAUGUUGGUGGCUAA